CGAAGUAUAUAGUCUUUCUCUUAAGCAAUGUACGAGACAUAUGCGGCUGCGGGCAUUCCAAAGACGACUCAUUAACGAAUUAACUUCAUACGUGUGUCUUAACAUCAAACAACUUGUGUCUUAACCUAAUAUGUAUGAAGCCAGAAUAGAAAAAUAACAUAUGAGUCAAGCAAGUAGCACAAUUUAAAGCUAUAACGAAAUAGACAAGAUGGUUAGACCAUGGACAAGACGUACCAUAGGACUCGUGUCUACCACCCUAGCACUGGGUGGGUUGGUGGUAAUAGCAGGAAUAGUACUUCUAAACCCAAACUAUUGGGAGAAUAACAGCGAAGUGCCACAACAAGCAGCUGGACCUAUCUUCGCACUAGAAGAGCAACGUGGAGCCCUUACCAAAAAACCGUUACUUAUUGAUCGCAAUAACAAACAUCAUGAUAGAGCUAUCGAAAUAGUGCUGCAACAAGGAAACGAUAUAGUACUAUACAGGCUGAGACCAUCGUUCAAGGAAACGCACUACAUCAAUCAAGUCAUAUUCAAGGGAAUUGAUAUUACCAUCAACCCACAAGGAGUAACUAAAGUGCUACCAAACGAUGCGGUUAUCAGUGUGCAUUACCACCAAGCAAGCGAUUGGACAAAGGUGUCAGUGCACUACAGAAAGUUCGGUAAGGUCCAACUAGAAGACUACAUGAGAGAAGGUGAUGAUGGUACCUUCAACAAAGUCGUGGCUGCUAAGCUACCCACUUUCUAUAGAGCUAUGCACCUUGAUACAGUCGAUCUUGGAGAUAAACUUGUGGUCAAACUGAUGUUGCAAAACCAACAUGGACAAUCACUGGUUACACCCGCGCAUAGAGCUAAGGUAUCAACCACUAAGCUGUCAGACCAAAAUAAUGGAUUCAGAGUCACCUGGAUGUUCGAAUAUGGAAUCUCAACUGAAGGAAUCGUAGACAGAGUAUACGCAGAUUUCGAUGUAGAUGGUGAUAAUUUCAGCCACCCGGACCUUUCAAGAAGGGAUCGCAUUAAAAUAGCUGAAUACGAAAAUGGAUCUUACAAAGUUAAAAAUCCAGCGAGGUACCAAAUCGAACAUAUUUACAGGUCAAAGUAUAUCAUCAUCGAUGGAGAUAGGCAACAUAUCCUUAGGUACCUCAUUGUGGUCAACAGAUAUAAUCCCACCGUAUCGAAGGUUUACCUUAUCCUGUAUAAUGAUAUCACAUCUGUCAUCACAUGUGCAGUGGUAACAGGAACCUACACAUACAAUACAUGGGUAGUAGGAAACAACGUCAUCGAACAAUAUGACAUGCCAAGCACUAACUAUAUGGCUGCCAGAGCAGUUAUCCCAGGAAAUGGUACAUCUAGACCGGUGUUGUAUCCAGAAAACACGAAUUAUGCACAUGAGUACCAGGAUUACGUCAGAUAUCACGUAGAUUGUAUACCUUACGGAAAGUACAGUGACUAUGAAACUGCCUGUGCGGCUUUAGAAGAAGAAAAUGCUUAUGGAAGCACAACUGGAGAUAGUGAAAUCUCUGUUGUAUCAGCAGAUCCAUUCAUGUCAAAGAAAAGAAUUAUCCUCGAAUUCGGAAAAGAACUUCCCAAAGAAAUUAAAAGGAUGGUACUCAAAAGAGAUAAUAGCAUACAAUACUAUACCAUGGAUGGGGAAUUCACGGAUGAGAGUACUUUCUUCGGAGUAAGGCUAGAUAACUUUGAGUUCACAUUGUACAAGGAAGAUGAAACGAUGAUCACAAGUGAAGAUACUAUUACAGCCGUUGUAUAUACCCAUAUCGCAGGUUGGGUGAAAAUAGAAAUCCAUUAUGUGAGAGGUGGUAAAAGCUAUAUGCAACUAUAUACCAGAAGUCCACAGUCAACGGAUUUCGAUCGGGUGCCAACUGUACCGAUGCCAUAUGGAGAUUUGCCAUAUCAACUAGAUGCAGUAGUGCACAAAGGAAUGCUAAUAAUCAAAGCCAUGUUGCAAAAUAGGGCUGGACUAUCAAUGCUAGAUCCAUCAUCAAAACCCAGUGUCCUCGUGCAGUAUAAACAUAGUUUGAACCAAUGGUCAUUAGCAUUUUCUGUUCCCGUCGUUUUUCCGGAUGGGAAUAUCAAGCAUAGAUUGCAGCUGAAGCUCACCGUAGAGAAUAACAUAGUUACCGUUGAAAGGAUGGCAAAGUUCAUACUGCUGGUAACACGAACUGAACGAGGAUAUUAUCUAGAAAGAGCUAAUGCGGGAGCCAGCAUCGGGUCACGCACUAUUUGGCUAGGUAAGCAACAUUGCCAUGUUAUCCAAAAUGUCAUCGUGCCAAGUAAUGAUGACGAUGAAACCGGAUUGUUGUACACCUUCAUAUACACAAGAACACAGGCAGGAUUGAGUUGUAUAGUACGUAACGCUAGAAUGGUAGCUGGGCGCUGGGAACAAUAUGAAGUUAGGAAUUCAGUCAAACCGCAAAAACAUGUACAAGAUGUAAAUGGGCAAAAAUAUGUUGAUAUAUUUAUUUACCCAUCUGUUAACUAUUCUCCUGUUGUAUUGGUGGUACCAGAGAUGCUGGAUCUGAAACCUACAAUUCAACCAAAUACCGCAGGUGAAAUACGUACGGUAAAAUCUAAACAUAUGUUCGUUGUCAACAUUUUUAACGAUGUUGAAGAAGAUUCCGUGGGUAUACAUCAGCAGGAUAUUGCCUGGUUGGAGAUUGAAGGUCUGCCGAAGCUACCUGUGGAACUUGUUAUUGGUAAGCCUCUGAAAGUGGAAAUAGAGAAGCGCACAAUGUCGGAAAGGCACUUUGAGUAUUAUACCAUCAAAAAUAUAUUUAAAAGAACGCAUUACAUGGGAUGUGUUAUAUACGAUAACCUCAAAUUCUCCGUAAUGGAUAAGAAAGUAGAUAAUGAAAUUGAACCCUCUAUCACUUCCGUCUUUAUUGUAAAAUCGGAAGAUUCAGAAACAGUAAGAAUACAAUACUGGAGUGAUCAGAUAUCAAAGAUCAAGCAUUUCCACAGAAAGGGAGAUGAGAAAUUUUAUGAAACUGACGGAUUCAGGCAUGAGGUGUCAGAUAAGCCGUCCAUUGUUACAACCGUCACUGUGGGAGAUGCCGUUCUCUUAAGUACUCUACUGCAGAAUGAAAAGGGUGAAUCGCUGAUUGAUAUGACAAGAAAGACAAGAUUAUUGGCAUGUGUCGGCGAUGAUAACACUAUGCCAUAUGUCAAAAUGGUUGUCCCAAUAAAAUUGCCCAAAUAUGAUCUCCAAGAUGAAAUAAACAUCGCUUUCGAAGUGAAUGAAGGACUUGGGAUGUUGGAUAUGCCAGUGGGCAGCGUGCAGUGCCUUGUUGUGGGAAAGGAUAAAAAUGAAAGGCCAAUGCUAAUACCAGGUAUUGGGAAGCGAUUUGUGGAAUUCGCCAAUGCCCAAUACAGGAAUUUACUCAGAAAUGGAUUGCAGUUACUCAAGGUUAUAGUCAUCCCAACAGAGGAAUGUAAGGUCAGAGCCGAUGUUUAUAGUUUUGUUUAUGAUGCAAUGUCCGCAUCACUUAGUGCUAUUGUGCAAAACGGGAUUAUACGUUUUUCAGUAUGGAGUGUUGAAGCUGACUAUGAAGACGUAUACUCUAUACCCCUAGUGGAUAUAGAUCAUAUUAGCCUUGUUAUGCCCCAAAAUGCCGGUGUCCCACCAGCAGUUGCACCAGAAACACAUGGUAUAAUGAGAGAGCUUGAAAAGGGGUUGUUUUAUGCUGUUAAUAUGGAUAUAGGCGACAACUAUGGUGAUGAAAAGGGUAUUAAACCGUCAAGUGGUUUCUUAAUAGCAGAAGAAAUGAAGCUUACGCCAUUGGAAUUGGAUAUUGAUAGGCAUAUGCCUACCGAAGUGCAAAUGCUCCUUUUUAGUCGGGACGCUAAACAAUACACGCUCAAAUGGGAAUAUAAAUACAGUCAUUUUAUUAGCAAAGUAAUGUAUAAAGGUGUUGUUGUCGAUGUCAUGGGUGCAGGGGGUGACCUCUUGCACAAAGGCGAUGGUAUCCUUUCAGUGGAGACUUUAACUAGAGAAAACAAUGAAUAUAUCCUUGUACAGUAUAUCAGGGAUGGUAAAACCAUGUUCCAGCAGUAUAAGAAAGGUGAUGACGAAAAAUUCACCUUGGUAGGAUUGCAGAAACGUGGUCAACAUUCCAGUCCAUAUCAAUUGACACAAUUCAGAAAUGGAAAUGCGGUUAUUAUGAGAGUUAUGCUGGAAAAUGAAAAGAGUAUAUCAUUGUUGGAUGAAACUUCCGAUGCUUUGCUAAUGUCUAAUAUGGGCAAUGAUGGGCCAGGACAAAGUGUUAAGAUAGCGUUGCCUAUCAAGUACCCUGAAAUAGAUGUGAAGGAUCGACUACAUAUAACCAUUAUGUAUAAAAAUGGAGAAUUCAAAUGUAGAAAUAAUAACGAAGCCACAACUGUUUACCAUGCACCUCUCAUUGAUGAAGAUGGAAACGAAAGGUUUUUACCUGUGAAUGAUAAUGUAUAUGCCGAUAUAACGCAGAUCAAUAGUAUUACAGUAGAAGGAGAAGUGCAUAAGGUUAUACGAGGUACGAUAAUUCCGAAGGGCGAAGGAACUAAUAAAGCAACCAUUUAUUUCUUUUUGUACGAUACUAACACUGGUAUCCUAACAUGUGUGACCAGCGAGGCCAGGGUGGUAGGUGGACUCUAUCAGUUCACCGGUGUAAUCGAUGAUGCCUUUAGAAUGCCUCCACAAAAUGUAACUGAUAUGUCAGUGGAUGUAUAUAGACUCAAUGAGAACCGCUACUCUGUGGAGCCAUGUGAUGCUGCCUUGGUCAAUGAGCUUGAGAAAACUGGAUGGUAUAUAUUGCGAUACAAAAAUGCCGGAAAUCUGAUCCCACGCCCGUUCAAUGAAAAUGAUACGGCAUUUAUAGCUGAAACAGGCAUCUCGAAGAUACCCGUAGUAAUCAGUAACAUUAAAGGUUACAAAGCAACCGAAGUAGAAGUAACCGAAUUGAAAACUCCUGAUGGUUUGUACUACAGAAUCAAGCCUAUAUAUAACAAAACCCAUCGUAUCACAGAAAUAAAUGUCCCUGGAUUGACUCGUACAGUAUUCGACACAACCACUGGGAAAAGUUUGGGCGAUAGAGAAAUUAUAUAUAUGUAUACAACAAGCAAGGAUAAUUACGAGAAGCUUGGAUUCUAUGGUAUGAUGAACAAGAAAUUCUCUUUCAAAGAAUAUAUACGUGAUGGUACUAAACAAGAGUAUAUACCCAUCAGAGUCUCCGAUAUAGGAAGUACGUCACCGCCAUAUGUGUUCUGUACGGUUGUUUACAGUAAUGAUGUUAUAAUGAGGGUUCAUUUACAAAGCCCUAAAGGAUUGACUCUCAUAGACCGCACUGAUGUGUCUACAGUUAUAUUCGUUAUGAUGAAGGAUCUGGAUUCCGGUAUUUUGUUCAUGGUAUUGCCUAUUAUAUACCCAGACACCAAUGUCAAAGAUAGGCUAUACUUAAAAUUCAAAUCCGCAAAGCAGAGUAUGAAAUUUGUGCCAGAUAGUGAUCUACGGUCAAAGAAACUUGUAGUUGAAUAUCAUAAUGAUGGGAAUUAUACAUUGGGGCCAGCAGAAGAUUUUAAAUAUAUCAAUAUUAUCGCAUAUAAUGGUGCAAACCUAAAUCGUUAUGCCAGCAACCACAUCGUAAAAGUUGUGUUGGUCCCAGAUAGAGGCAAGGAUGCUAAAACCGGGAAUCUGUAUGUAUUCACAUUGGAUUGGAAUAAACGCAUUCUUACAUGUGUUUCAAUGGCGGCUACUCUAGUGGAUUCCACAUGGGAGUUUGGACCAGCGAUAAACGAAAGAUAUAGUUAUCCAACCACAACCAUCGAUAAUGCUACAAUAAGUAUCGACUACGCAAAUGAAAUGUAUCAGCCUGAAUUGUUCCCGAAAGAAUCCGGUUCCAUUAACGUGAUCGAUGAUAGCCUCUAUUUAAUAAAGCCUAACAUGGGUGUGGAGACCAGCAAUAUGGGAUUGCAUCCUAUGGAUGUUGGAAAAUACGUCGCAUCAGCAUUGCCAAUGAUACCUGUGGUUCUCGAUCUUGAUCGCCCAUUACCUGAUGAAAUCCACCUAGUCGUGGGAGAAACUUUAUAUUCCACCACCUACAAAUUGAAACCUGAGUACGAAAGGUCCCACUAUAUAAGCAGGUUCAAGUACAAAAAUAUAGAUCAAGUUGUACAGACACGAGAUGAUGCAUGGAUACGUCGCAAUGGUGGAAAUUACGGUGUAGUAAAACGUGAUUACAAUACCCAUGAAAUAUGGCUAAUAGAAACACCAAUCGCAAUGAGGAAGAUUGAAGAAUAUUCAAAGGAACCAAAGUGAAUAAUGGGUGAUAACACCCUCUGAGUUUUAAAUGAGGUAUUGAAUACAUCAUAAUUGAACAUCAACUACCGUCCCAUUGGUUUAAGCGUACCUACAUAUGUUUGAAGAAUGAUGAAGUUAUAACGCUUAGUGGAACAUAUUUGAUAAAUGCUAUUGUAUAGCAGUAUACCAUUUGGGCGAUUUGUAACGCCUAUGGACCAAUUU